AUGGUCGUCCUCCCAGAGCCGUUCGCCUCCUUCGAGCGCACCCCUCUCCUCUUCAACCAUCCAUCUCCCCUCCACCCUCUGCCCAAUCUAACGCGUCACAUCAACUCAACCACUUCCACCAAAGCCCAGAUCUGGGCCAAGCGCGAGGACUGUUCUUCAGGUCUCGGUCUGGGUGGCAAUAAGAUCCGUAAGCUGGAGUAUGUCAUUCCAUCGGCUCUAGCUCAAGGCUGCGACACUCUUAUCUCCACUGGCGGUACACAGAGCAACCACAUGCGUCAAGUGGCUGCUGUAGGAAGCCAUCUUGGGUUCAAGACCGUCCUCGUGCCGCAGGUCCAUGGGGAUGCUAGCCUUGAGGCUUAUCGUCAGGCUGGGAAUGUGCAAGUCAAUGGCAUACUGGGCGCUGACUACGAGAGGCCCAAUACUUCGUUGGAGGAUGUUGCAGCAGAUGUUGAGAAACAAGGUGGACGUCCGUAUAUCAUCGCAUCGGGUGCAUCAGCCCACGUGCACGGAGGACUCGGUUUCGCUCGCUGGGCAUUCGAGGUUGUUGAACAGGAAACGGCUCAUGGCAUAUUCUUCGACACCAUCGUUGUCCCAGUGGCUUCCGGGGGUACGAUUGGCGGUAUGAUCGCCGGCUUCAAGUUUACCGACCGUUCUACAGACGGUCAGUCUCGUUCCAUAAUCGGCAUCGACACGUACAACAAGCCUCCAGGUGUUCUCGAAGCCACAAUCCUCCAGAUCACCAAAAGAACAGCGAAUCUCAUCGGACUAGGCGAAGAUGCAGUCCAGCCUCAUGACGUGAUCCUCGAUACGAGGUUCAAUACCGGUACGCACACGGCUUGGGACGAUAAUACAGCCAGAGGUGUAAAGUUACUUGGGAAGCUUGAAGGUAUUGUCACGGAUCCGAUUUACUCGGGUAGAACUGCGGGUGCUAUUCUGCACAAAGCCGAGAAUGGAGAGUUGGAUGGGAGUCGUUAUGUGUUGUUUGUGCAUACGGGGGGACAGGCAGCGCUGAGUGCGUUUCCCGACAUGAGAUGAGAUGCGGGGGACUCGGGUUACCCUGAGAGAUGCUGUGCUACAGUGCCAG